GACAGUCCUUAUGAUCAGUUUGAAGCUUUACCUCGACCCACCGCCAUUUUCUUACAUGGUGUCGAUAAUCUGUCCACUGACGAUAUUAAGGGUUAUGUUAACUCGCCGCUUCUCUCAAAGUUGGAAUGGAUCAACGAUUCGUCUUGCAACCUCGUUUGUAAUACACCCGAAGAAGCGACUGAAAUAGCUCAAAGUCUGCUUGAGGACGGUUCACAAAUUCAAACGCUCGACCACCGUACUUUAUUACCUGCUAAGCCAUUUAUUGUUGAAAAUAGCAAAGAUAAUCAGCCUUCCCGUGUAGAAACCCUCUCUAUUCGCAUGGCUACGGAUGAAGAUAUAAAAGAACGUGGAGCAAGACUUCGUAGUCGAUAUUAUAUGAUUCAUGGUGUGGAUGGCCAGGAACUAAGCAAAGAGCGACAGGAAGCUCGUAAACUGCAUGUGGAUAGAAUGAAGCGUAAUGGAGGUGAUGGAAGAGAUGUAUUUAGUCGUCUGGGGAAGAAGGUAGAAAGAGCAACA